GUGUGUUGCUCGAGGGGGCGUCCCGGAGUGCUGAGCGGCGGAUUCACCCUCCUCCCUUCCUCCUGACGGCGGUGCGAGGCGGCCCCUCCCAGACCGUCGCCUGCCAGGAGGCUCCGAGGCCCGCGGGCUGCAAGGCUGAGCUCUCCCCGCCCCCCGAAGUCAAGUGACUCAAGGCAUCUCUAUCCAGUCGGAGGUGACCCAAGAGAAGGGGAGGGAGAUGGAAGAGCAGGACCCAGAAGGAGCUGCAGCUGGCAAGACAGCAAGCAUGGCUCAGUGGGCGUAGAGCAUGCCUGGUUCAACCUCUGGCAUCUCCAGUUAAAUGGACUAGGCAUCAAGUGACUCAAGGCAUCUCUAUCCAGUCGGAGGUGACCCAAGAGAAGGGGAGGGAGAUGGAAGAGCAGGACCCAGAAGGAGCUGCACCUGGCAAGACAGCAAACAAAGGCCCCCCUCCCACCCAAGCUGGGGGUGAUGGUGAAGGCUGGGAAAGCCCCGUGCCAGAGACAUCUUCUCAGGUCACGGAGAUCUCAGAGGUGCAUGGCCAACACUUCCGGCAGUUCCAGUACCAUGAGGCUGAAGGGCCCCGAGAGGUUUGCAGCCGGCUCCAUCGACUCUGCAGCCACUGGCUGAAGCCAGAGAGGCACUCCAAGAAGCAGAUGGUGGACCUGGUGAUCCUGGAGAGGUUCCUAGCCCUCCUGCCCCAGGAAAUGCAGCACUGGGUCAGGGAAUGUGGGCCGGAGACCAGUUCCCAGGCGGUGGCCUUGGCCGAAGGCUUCCUCCUGAGUCAGGCUGAGGAGAAGAGGCAGGCAGAGCAGAUGUGGGGACCAUCCAUGGAGAGAGAAGCUCCAUUCCCUGAGGCAGAACGAGGUUCCUUGGAGGAAGGGCAGAGGGCGCAGGCCCAGCAGGGUGCCCAAGAUGCCCUCUCUUGUGGCAAUGGAGAGAUGCUGAUCCAUCUUCUUUCCAGAGUUGUGGAAACAGCCGCUUUACCUCUAGUCCAGUGCCCCUUUUCCUUUGAGGAGGUGUCUGUCCGUUUCACUACAGCAGAGUGGGACGUGCUGGAUCCGGGCCAGAAAACCCUCUACAGGGAAGUCAUGCAGGAGAACUAUUGGAGUGUAAUCUCUCUGGCAGAGGAUGAUCAGAGAAACGAAGAGGGUGAGGAACUUGUCCAGCAGUUGCCAGAUCGAGUUCAAGAUUUGAAAGAAAACAAUAGAAACCAAGGCAGACCUAAGAGAAAGGAAGGCAGACAGUGUGGAAAGAGAUUCAGUCUAAGUGCAUCUCUUCAACUGCAUCAGAGAUCCCACACAGGGGAGAAACCUUUUGCAUGCUCAGAGUGUGAAAAGAAAUUCAGUCUAAGUGUGUCUCUUCAUCGGCAUCAGAGAAUCCACACAGGGGAGAUACCUUUUGAAUGCUCAGAGUGUGGAAAGAGAUUCAGUCGGAGUGGCAGUCUAAAACUGCAUCAGAGAACCCACACAGGGGAGAAACCUUUUGAAUGCUCAGAGUGUGGAAAGAGAUUCAGUCAGAGUGGCCAUCUGCAGCAGCACCAGAGAACCCACACAGGGGAGAAACCUUUUGAAUGCUCACAGUGUGGAAAGAGAUUCAGUCAAAGUGCAUCUCUUCAACUGCAUCAGAGAUCCCACACAGGGCAGAAACCUUUUGCAUGCUCAAAGUGUGGAAAGAAAUUCAGUCUAAGUGUGUCUCUUUAUCGGCAUCAGAGAAUCCACACAGGGGAGAAACCUUUUGAAUGCUUAGAGUGUGGAAAGAGAUUCAGUCAGAGUAGCCAUCUGCAGCAGCACCAGAGAACCCACACAGGGGAGAAACCUUUUGCAUGCUCAGAGUGUGGAAAGGGAUUCAGUUACAGUGGCCAUUUUCGAAAGCAUCAGAGAACCCACACAAGGGAGAAACCUUUUGAAUGCUCAGAGUGUGGAAAAAGAUUCAGUCAAAGCAGCACUCUAAAGCUGCAUCAGAGAACCCACACAGGGGAGAAAGCUUUUCCAUGCUCAGAGUGUGGAAAGAGAUUCAGUCAGAGCAGCACUCUAAAGCUGCAUCAGAGAAUCCACACAGGGGAGAAACCUUUUGAAUGCUCAGAGUGUGGAAAGAGAUUCAGUCAGAGCAGCACUCUAAAGCUGCAUCAGAGAACCCACACAGGGGAGAAAGCUUUUGCAUGCUCAGAGUGUGGAAACAGAUUCAGUCGGAGCAGCACUCUAAAGCUGCAUCUGAGAACCCACACAGGGGAGAAACCUUUUGAAUGCUCAGAGUGUGGAAAGAGAUUCAGACAAAGUGGCCAUCUGCAGCAGCACCAGAGAACCCACACAGGGGAGAAAGCUUUUGCAUGCUCAGAGUGUGGAAAGAGAUUCAGUCAGAGUAGCCAUCUUAAACUGCACCAGAGAACCCACACAGGAGAGAAACCUUUUGAAUGCUCCGAGUGUGGAAAGAGAUUCAGUCACAGUGGUGAGCUUCGAAAGCAUCAGAGAAUCCACACAGGGGAGAAACCUUUUGAAUGCUUAGAGUGUGGUAAGAGAUUCAGUCGGAGUAGCCAUCUUCAGCUGCACCAGAGAACACACACAGGAGAGAAACCUUUUGAAUGCUCAGAGUGUGGAAAGAGAUUCAGUCACAGUGGUGAUCUUCGAAAGCAUCAGAGAACCCACUCAGGGGAGAAAUCUUUUGCAUGCUCAGAGUGUGGAAAGAGAUUCAGUCACAGUGGUGCUCUUCGAAAUCAUCAGAGAACCCACACAGGGGAGAAACCUUUUGAAUGCUCAGAGUGUGGAAAGAGAUUCAGUCAGAGUGGCACUCUUCACCAGCACUGGAGUACCCAUGCAGGGGAGAAACCUUUUGCAUGCUCAGAGUGUGGCAAGAGAUUCAGUCGAAGUGCGUCUCUUCAUUUACAUCAGAGAACCCACACAGGG